UCUCAGUCUAAAGCUGAGGACAAAAGCGAGCCUCGAUCUCUCCCUCUCUGCGAAGCGGAGAAAGAAGGGAGGGGAGGGAGGAGAAGAAGCAGAAGGUGGGCUGUAAUGGCUUCUCGAAUGGCCUUCCGACCACAGGCGCUCCCCUGCUUCUCUUGCCCAAGCAAGAGGCGGAAUGCCAGAUCUCCCCGAGUCUCCAUGGCCUCCACCGUUGGCUCCUCCUCCGCCGUCUCCAACAAGGUUGAGACUCCAAAAAAACCCUCUUCUCAGCAAAAUGUACAUAGUCAAGUCACGCACUCGCUGCCGCCUCAAAAGAUUGAGAUUUUCAAGUCAUUAGAAGAUUGGGCAGAAAAUAAUAUCCUGGUGCAUCUGAAGCCUGUUGAAAAAUGUUGGCAGCCACAAGAUUUUCUGCCAGAUCCUUCGUCGGAGGGAUUUUAUGAAGAAGUCAAGGAACUGAGGGAACGUUCAAAGGAGAUCCCUGAUGAUUAUUUUGUUUGCUUGGUUGGAGACAUGAUUACUGAGGAAGCCCUUCCUACAUAUCAGACAAUGCUGAACACUCUUGAUGGUGUCCGAGAUGAGACAGGUGCAAGCCCGACUUCUUGGGCUAUUUGGACUAGGGCUUGGACUGCUGAAGAGAAUAGACAUGGUGACCUUCUCAACAAGUACCUAUAUCUUUCAGGAAGAGUGGACAUGAAGCAAAUUGAGAAAACAAUUCAGUAUUUAAUUGGUUCUGGAAUGGAUCCACGGACAGAGAAUAACCCCUACCUUGGUUUUAUAUACACUUCAUUUCAAGAGCGAGCAACCUUCGUAUCCCAUGGAAAUACCGCUAGGCUCGCCAAGGAACAUGGGGAUCUAAAAUUAGCUCAGAUAUGUGGAAUAAUUGCCUCUGACGAAAAGCGCCAUGAGACCGCGUACACUAAAAUAGUGGAGAAGCUGUUUGAGAUAGAUCCAAAUGGCACAGUGCUUGCAUUUUCAGACAUGAUGAAGAAGAAGAUCUCAAUGCCUGCCCAUUUAAUGUACGAUGGACGAGAUGAUAACCUCUUUGGCCAUUUCUCAGCAGUUGCUCAGCGGCUGGGCAUCUACACUGCCAAGGACUAUGCCGAUAUACUUGAGUUCCUCGUCACCAGGUGGAAGAUAGGGGACCUAACGGGACUCUCUGGUGAAGGGAACAAGGCCCAGGAUUUUGUCUGUACUUUGGCUCCCAGGAUAAGGAGACUGGAGGAAAGAGCACAAGCCAGAGCUAAACAAGCUCCAGCUAUUCCUUUCAGCUGGAUCUAUGGCAGGGAAGUGCUACUCUAAGUACCAAGAAGCAAUCUUUGGUUUGGUAGCGGUCCACCUUCCGAAGUGAACCAUGGCCUGUUUUGCGUCUCCAGUUGCUGAUCAAACAGUUCUGUAAGGAGUUUCAGUGUCAAAUCCAUGCUUUGCUUCUCAUUGUUUCAUUGGGUAGGAGGUUAAUUGGAAAGGGGAUGUUGUAGAUACUCGAAAGCUGUCAUGGACAACAUUUUACAAAUAAAUGGGCCGAUGUUUUAAGUAAAAUUUGGAUUGAUAGUGGAAAA